AGGCGACCAAUGUGUACACAUUGCGCGCAAUUGAAAUUUGCUUUACGUUAGCGUACGAUAAAAUAUAUUUUUAUUGUUGGGAUAAAAAUAUAAUAUUGCAAUUAAAUCGAUAUGUUGCUCAAGUAUCUCGGCACCGUUUUGCCAGCGCAAGAGCUUGAAAAUAAAGUAGUUGAUAUAGCAUGGUCGCCGAACAACUUGAAGCUAGCUGUAGCAUCCUCGGAUCGUUCCAUUUAUCUUUUUGAUGAGAACUGCGUCAAACGCGACAAGUUUUCAACUAAACCCGCUGACAUUAAGUUUGGCAAAAAAAGUUAUACGAUAAAAGGAAUAGCCUUCUCCCCGGAAUCCACAAAGAUUGCGGUCGGUCAAACCGACUGCAUCGUAUAUGUGUACAAGAUAGGAGAGGAUUGGGGCGACAAAAAGGUGAUUUGCAACAAAUUUCGACAGAGUUCCGCGGUAACUUGUUUGAUCUGGCCCGCGGAAGGUCCGAUUGUCAUAGGACUGGCGGAUGGAAAGGUCCGCGCGGCUCUGGUGAAAUCGCAAAAGGCGCAGACCCUGUACACUUCGGACGCAAUGGCGAUAGCCCUAGCUAGCAAUGUCCGCGGCAACGGCUUCGUAUCGAGCCACGCCGACGGAAGUAUCAUCCGGUACUACGUGACCGAGAACGACGGCGCGGAGCCUUCGGGACGAGUGUGCGUUCACAACGUGCCCGCUUACGCUCUAGCGUGGCCGCAGUCGCACAUCCUGGCGGCGGGUUGCGACAAGCGGUUGACCGUUUACGAUUCGCACGGCAAGCCGGUCAAGACUUUCGACUAUAGCCGGGAUCCUCGGGAAAGGGAGAUUACCGUAGCUUGUUGCAGCCCGAGCGGUCAGAGCGUCGCCGUGGGCUCCUGGGAUAAGGUGCGCGUUUUCGAUUGGACGCCACGACGAAGCAUUUGGGAAGAGACUAACGUACGCGACCUGCCUAAUUUCUACACGAUCACGGCGCUUGCCUGGAGGCGAGACGGAUCCAAGCUAGCGGUCGGAGGAUUGUGCGGUGGUGUCGAGCAAUUCGAGACAGUUCUAAGACGCACGGUAGUCCGUGGCAGUCACGAAGUGGCCUACGUAGGUCCCAGCCAGGUGGUGAUUCGACCUCUGAACGAUUCCUCGCAACGUUCCAUCGUCGUCAGAUCGCAGACUGGCCUGGAGAUCGAAGACGUACGCGUUUUAGGACGUAGGGACAAUAACGUUGUGGCACGCACGGCGCGCACUCUGCUGAUCGGUGACAUUGAGCUAGGCUUAAUCAGCGAGAUUCCAUGGGAAGACCGAUCUGGCAACGGUGAAAAGUUCUUCUUCGAGUAUCCAGUCGUUUGCUUAAUUUUCUAUUCCGGUGAACUCACGAUCGUCGAAUACGGUCAGAACGAGGCGCUCGGUUCCGUACGAACGGAAGCGGUAAACCCGCACGUAGUUAGCGUACGCGUAAACGAACGACCACCUUCGACCGGAGGAAUCGAUAAUAAAAAGCUCGCUUAUCUGCUGGAUCCGAGAACUGUCCGCGUAAUCGAUCUGUUAACUGGCUCGACCAUCAGUGUAAUCGUUCAUGAUGCUCGAAUUGACUGGCUGGAAUUGAGUGAAGCAGGUCAUCGGCUACUGUCGCGUGACAAGCGAGGUCGUCUCUGGCUAAGCAAUGAUACAGGUGACAGAGUUCUAUUGGUGGCUGGAGCAUCCUUUGCAUCUUGGGUACCCGGCAGCGAUGUCGUCAUCGCUCAGACAGGUCAAACUCUGGCCGUUUGGUACAAUGUAGACGCGCCGGAAGCGAUCACGCUGACACCGAUCAAAGGCGAUGUGAUAGACAUCGUUCGCGAAGACGGUCGAACGUCCGUAAUAGUGGAGGAGCACGGCACCAAGGUGCCGUAUCUAUUGGACGAGGGACUGAUCGAAUUUGGUACCGCGUUGCACGACAAUGACUUUGGUAGAGUCGUCCUAUUCCUAGAAAAUAUGGGCAACAGUUCGCAGACAGAGACUAUGUGGGAGAACGUAGCCAGAAACGCGAUGAGCGAGAGAAAGAUUGUGAUAGCCGCCAGAUGUUAUGCCGCUAUGGGCGACGUGGCUUGCGCAAGAUUUUUGAAGGAGAUUGCCGAGAUCGGUGAAAAGUACGCCGAAGAGACAGGCAACGAGCCACUGGCUAAUCCAGACUGUUGGGCUCGGCUGGCCGUGUUGAACGGCGAUUUAAAAACCGCCGAGGCGAUCUAUUUGGAGCAAAACGAGCUGGACAAGGCGUUGGAUAUGUAUCAGCGCUAUUGGCACUGGGAGGAUGCUUUAAGUUUGGCCCAGAGCCGCGACUGGAGCGGUUUGUCAGAGUUGCGAGAUCGACACUUGGCUUGGCUGCUUGACAGUGGCCAAGCAGCCCGCGCAGCGUCUAUCAUAGAGACUACAAAUCCUAGGAGAGCCGUGAAGCUUUAUUUGGAAGCGCGUCGACCUGGGAGAGCUGCCAGGCUAAUUCUUACUGUCAAUGAACUGCUGGAGGACGAACGAAUCGUUGAGGAGGUUAUUAAUAGUCUUAAAGCUACCGAUCUCAUGGAACUCGCUGGAGAACUAUUGGAGAAAACAGGCGCUGGCUCCGAGGCGAUCGCUUGUUACGCUCAGGCUGGCGUAUUUGCCAGAGCUCUCGAUCUAGCGCGUAAAGUUGAUCCGACAUUGGUGGUCGAGCUCGAGAGGGAUUGGGGAAAGUAUUUGGCAACGAACGGUCAUUACGACGCCGCCAUUAAUCAUUUCAUCGAAGCGGGUGAAACGGUAUUAGCAUUGAAGGCCGCCAUCAAUGCGCGACAAUGGAGAAAAGCUCUGCAGAUUAUACAGGUGAUCGAGGACGACGAUAAUCCUGAGAUCCGUCAACAAUGUGAAAAAUUGGGCGAAUAUUUCUCGUCGGUCGGCGAACGCAACUUGGCGGAGAAGCUUUUCGUUCGCGCCGGAAAUGCGCAACGUGCCGUAGAAGCUCACGUACAGUCGGGUGAUUGGAUGCGCGCCCACCAAGUGGCUCAAGAAUACAUGAAAAGUGACGAGGCCAAUCAAGUGCUGAUGAGACAUGCCGAGAGUCUGCAACAGGCCGGCGAAUUUCGCCACGCCGAGGCGCUCUACGUCGCCAUCGGCGAUUAUGACGCGGCAAUCGCGAUGUAUCGCAAAGCGGGACACCGUGGCGACAUGAUCAGAUUGGUCGCCGAGCACCGGCCGGAUCUACUUCAAACCACUCAUGCUCAUCUGGCGAGGGAAUUAGAUGCAGCCGGCAAACCGAGAGAAGCCGAAGAGCACUUUCUAGGUGCUGGCGAUUGGCGCGGAGCGGUUACAGCUUAUAGAUCCGUUAAUAUGUGGGAGGAUGCGUUGAGAGUCGCCAAGAAGGCUUCCGGAGAAAAAGCAGCACAACAGGUUGCUUUGAUGUGGGCCCGAACAUUGGCUCCGGAAUUAGGAGCGAGACUCCUAAUGCGACUCAAUUAUUUGGAUCCCUGCUUGCAAUUGGCGUGCGAGGCCAGUUUGUUCGAGUGGGCUCUAGAAAUCGCCAAAUACGGUACGGUAGAUCAAAAAAAGGAGAUUCAUUAUCGCCACGCCAUGGCACUGGAAGACGAGGGUCGUUUCGCCCAGGCCGAAAAGGAGUUUGUGCAAGCCGGUAAAAUCAUGGAGGCGGUACAAAUGUAUAUACAUAAUCGCGAUUGGGAAUCCGCAGAGGAUGUCGCGCGAUCGCACAGUCAGGAGGCAGUGGCGCAGGUUCUGAUUGCUCGAGCCGCCGAAGCUGCCGAGGGGCAAGAUUACGCCACGGCGGAGGCUCUACUUCUGAGAGCUCACAAACCAGAGAUGAUAAUAGAACAUUACAAGACAGCCGGAAUGUGGUCCGAGGCGCUGCGAGUGUGUCGAGAGUAUUUACCUAGUCAGGAGGCGGCCCUUCGCAGAGAGUUGGGUCAAAAGAGUGCGGGAUUGGACGGGGCAAAUGCGUUGGAGGAGGCUCGAAAGUGGCUUGAUCUUGGAGAAGUGCGACCUGCCUUGGACACUUUGAUUUUGAACCCGCAAGCGCCCAGAUCGUAUCUCAUUCGUGCGGCUGACAUUAUGUUGCAUCAAGCGGAUCCCGAAACCGCGUCAGAAAUCGGUGGUGACUUGGGUGCACGCUUGUUUUCCGUUGGUGAACACGCGCUCGCCGCUCAGGUGUUCCUUCAAGCGGAUCGUCUAAAGGACGCGGUGAGCUCCUUGGUGGCAGUUGGCGAGUGGGAUCGUGCGCGUCGGAUCGUUCGCGAACUCGCUCCCGAUCUCGAGCCAUAUCUCGAGGAGAAGUACCGGGAUGCAAUGGCGAAUGAAGGUGGAAUGGAACGACUGGCGGAAGUGGAUGGCAAUGCCGCCCUCGAGGUGAUGGCGCGCAAGGGUCAAUGGAGUCAGGUGUUUGACGCCGCGAGUUCCCAGGGUCCGGAGGUGCUGCAUAGAUUUGUGGCGCGACGCGCCGCGCAAUUGCUGAAGAGCGACGCCGCAUCGCAAGCGUUGCAGCUCUACGCGCAGUAUGGCGCGCCCGUGAUCUCACAGAAUUUCAAUCUGUACUUGCAAUUGGCGGAGACUGUCCUGAAUACGGUGCAGCAGGAAUACAAAUAUCUGGCUCAGCUCCGCGACAUUUUACACGGUUUCUGUCGCUCGUCGCCGUCCUCCGACAAAUUUGAGCGGCUUUUAGAAGCUGCACAUUUCUCCGCAGUGAAACACGGUUGUCGUUCGUUCCCGGCGCUUUCCGACAUUGUCGUCAAAGUGUCUGUCAGCCUCCUACGAUACACCGACAUAUUGCACGCCGACAGAUUUUACUACGAAGCCGGCGUCGCAGCGCGUUCCGCGGGUCUUUUGAGCGAAGCUUUCGUUUUCCUCAAUCAUUUCCUCGAUCUGGAGGAAUGUAUCGAGGAAGAGGGCGAUGGAAAUGUUCUCGACGUGGACGAUCUACGCGCCACCGAUUUUCCGCUAGAAGUUCCACUUCCAGAGAGUCUCGGCAUCGCGACAGAUCAACGCGAAGAGGCGAGAGAAUGGGUGUUGGCGAUAUCUAUGGAUCAAAAAAUCGAGCAGGGUCUGCCGAUUGAUCAGAGAGGCGUUUACGUGGGUUCAUUGACGUCACCGAGCAACUCUGGCGUACCUCUUCAACAAUGCGUAAUCACGGGAUACCCGGUACGCGGUCCGGUCAUUAAAUUCGAAGAGACUAGCCGCGUGGCUGAUCGCGAUGAUUGGACCAAGUUGACUAACGUAGCCAGACAAGCGCCUCCGGAUUCGCCCCUGAAUGACAUCCUGGUAUUUCUUCAGGAAUGGUGCGGCGCGGUACCCAAAUACUCAUUUUAAAAAAUUAAUUAACCUUUCAAUUUUAAUCGAAACGAAAUGAAGGCACACAAAAAUAGUAUGAAAAACAAGAAAAUAACUUUGCAAUAUGCUCGUAUAUGUAUAUAAAUAAGUAAAGAGCAAUGUAUUAUCUGUUGAUAUCUCUUAAUAUAUUAUUUGUUGAUAAUGUAUUGUUGAUGUUGAUAUACAUCCGUCAGUAUGUCACAUUCUUAGCGAUUAUCUCCUUUCGUUUACCGAGCCGACCAUGACGAAGUUAUUAGAAAGUUGCGCUUCACUAAUAUAUUAUUUAUAUAUAAAUUUUUUAAUAUAUUUUUUAAUAUGAAAAAAAGUUUAAAUAAAAGAAGGGAGAAAUCAAGAGAGAUGGAGAUCGAUUGUUUUCUACUUAAAUAAUUGCAGUAGUUUUAGGAAGAAGCAAUCAAAUUGUUCUCCGUUUCCAUCCAUCUUUUUGAUCAGACAGUGCGUUCAUCAGCAUCCUGCAGGAUGAAGGGCUGAUGAAGGGAUUCGAGAGGACGGGGACGGGCCCGCAAAUAAUAAUUAACCGCUUUGCAAAUAUGCUCGGCUUUGGCGCAUUCCAUAAGCCAAAAAGCCACCCGUGGAAUUCGGCGGUUCAAAGUAAA